AUGCCACCAAAGAAUGCCUCGAAAAAUAAGCAGCAGCCCAAGCAGCAGGGUGGCAACAGGAAGGGCAAGGGCAGUAACGAUGACACCGAGGAUUUUGACGCGAUGCUAGCGGCCGCCGUGAGCGCGACCAUGGCGAACACAGCCAAGAACCACAGCAAUAACAACCAAGCUAAGCGCAACAGCAGCGGGAAUGGCGCCACACCGGCCAAUAGGUGCCUCGCCGCGGACGAGCCAGUCGUGCCAAGCUCGGCUGAUCACCCGGAGAACCCCUACCCGAAGACGGAGUCUACGUAUCCGCGUCAGACGUGGCCAGAACCGACGGUGCCGGUAUCGAAGCAGUUUCCUGCUUACCGGUUUCCGGCUGGGGAGAUUGUUGACCACCCUGGUGAGAUGAACAACUUCCGACGCAGCAGCGAGGAGAAGCGGGCAUUGGCCCGCGCCAAUGAGCAGCAGCUGCAGGAGAUGCGUGAGGCUGCCGAGGUGCACCGCCAGGUCCGCACCUGGGCACAGAGCUGGAUCAAGCCAGAUCUAUCGCUGAUGCUCAUGACCGAUCGUAUCGAGAAGAAGUUGAAUGAGUUGAUUGGCAAGGAUGGCAUCGUGCGUGGGCAGGCCUUCCCGACGGGAUGCUCGCUGAACCACGUCGCCGCGCACUACACGCCUAACACCGGUGACGAAAAGGUCGUUGUAACCUACAAUGAUGUGAUGAAGGUAGAUUUUGGCACUCACAUCAACGGCCGCAUCAUCGACUGCGCCUGGACAGUUGCCUUCAACCCGAUGUUCGACCCGCUGCUGCAGGCCGUGAAAGAGGCGACGUACGAGGGUAUCAAGCAGGCGGGCAUCGACGUUCGUCUUGGCGACAUUGGUGCCGCCAUCGAGGAGGUGAUGGAGUCGCACGAGGUGGAGAUCAACGGCAAGGUAUACCAGGUGAAGAGCAUCCGUAACUUGUCCGGUCACAACAUUGCUCCCUACAUCAUCCAUAGCGGCAAGAGUGUACCCAUCGUGAAGGGUGGCGAGCAGACGAAGAUGGAGGAGGGAGAGGUGUUCGCCAUCGAAACCUUCGGCUCCACUGGACGCGGCUUCGUGAAUGAGGAUCUGGAGUGCUCCCACUACAUGAUGCAACCCGGCGCAGAGGUGAUGCAGCUGCGCUCGGAGAAGGCGCAGCAGCUUCUGAAGCACAUCCACAAGUCGUACAGCACGCUGGCGUUCUGCCGCAAGUGGCUCGAUCGCGACGGCUUCGAUCGUCACCUCAUGAACCUGAACCGCCUGGUCGAUGAGGGCGCCGUGAGGAAGUACCCGCCACUGGUGGAUGUCAAGGGCAGCUACACGGCCCAAUUCGAGCACACCAUUUACCUUGGCCCAACUGCGAAGGAGAUUCUAUCCAAGGGGAACGACUACUAG